AUGGUAGCACUUCGUCUUUUCUGUCUGAUUAGCAGUUGGAGUUCGUGGGUUAUUACUUUGGAUGACCGCAAAAAGCACGAUGAUCGCUUUCAGUCCCUGCGGCCUAUCAACGGUUAUAUUACGGGCGAACAGGCUCGUAACUUCUUUACUCAGUCAAAGUUGCCCAAUGCCGUUCUGGCGCAAAUCUGGUCAUUGGCUGACCUCACCAAUGAUGGAAAAUUGGAUAAACGGGAAUUUUCAAUUGCAAUGGCUCUAAUUAAGAAGUGUUUGGAGGGCAAUCAACUGCCCCCAUCAAUUCCUCCGGCCUUUCUUCAGGAGCCCAUUUCUCUGUUUCUGGAACCGCAAAAGCCGCUAGCCACUGAAACGCCUACCUCCCAAGCAGCCAAUGGUUCGGACUCUAAAGAGUGGUGCAUUCCGUCCCACUCUCGACCCAAGUAUCGCCUGCAGUUCAACCAAAACGACCGUACUAAGCGUGGCUACCUAACUGGUGUGGAGGCUCGUGGCAUUUUCAUGUCCUCGCACCUGCCCCAGUCAACUCUUGCCUACAUCUGGAACCUGGCUGACAUCGACAAGGACGGUAAUCUGACCUGCGAUGAAUUCUGCAUCGCGGCCUACCUAAUCGACCAGGCUCUAGCAGGACGCACCUUGCCUCCCACGCUGCCGCCAUCUCUUAUGCCUACGCAAGCUCAAGGUCAGCAGAUCGAUCCAGCUAAAAGUAUCGGUUCAUCGGGGCGAGCAUCCACGGAACCGAAUGUUCCCGAGGGUAAGCCAACUCCGCCGCUAGGCGGGUUCCUCCUAUUCGUUUUUGGUUUGCUGCACACCGCUCUAUUUGAUAUCUCCUUCCCUGAAUUUGUUGCGGAACGCUUAACAUGAUUAGAGCAAGAACGGAGGAGACAACAAGAGGCAGAGAAGGAGGCUGAGCAUCAACGCCAGCUGGAGGCACAGCGCGAGGCUCGCAGGCAACAGGCUACUGCAGCACACAUCCAG